CCGACCGCCAUAUUGUUUACAUUUUGCAUGAAAAAUGAUUGGCGUUACCUUUCUGCGUAUUUUCAUAAAUUAAACAAUAACUACAGUAGUUGUGACCAUGGAUUUGAACAUAUUGCAUAGUGAGGAAGACCUCAAAAUAGAUUUCGAUAUACCAAAACCUAUAUGCCGGUGUUGUUUGACGACAGAUCGUCGCAUGAACGAUGUCGUGUCCUACGAUUCGUAUUUUAGAGAAUUGUCUGGAAUUAAUGUUAAAAACUCGGACGGGCUCCCACAGUGGAUAUGCUGGGAGUGCAGCUCGUUGCUGGUGAAGGCGGUGCGCUUCAAGUACAAGAUGCUGCGCGCUCACAACAUGCUCCACGAUUACCUGACACGAUGCGCUCCGUUCCCCAUAGACGCCAACGACCCAGAGCUAAGCAAGUACGCGUGCCCACAACUGGGCGAGAGCGAGAUGCUGACUUUCGAGAUGGGUGGCCGCGGGAAGACUGGCUUCCACGAGGAGUUGCAGCACGAGAAAUUGUUCGCAAGCGACGCCCAAUUCAUGCUGGACGUAUCGGCGAUGGACAAAGUCGAUGACCUGGUCAAAGAGGAGGACUUCAGUGUGGACUACGAUGGCGAAAUUACACUGGAUGAGUACAGACCCGAUGAUAACAAACUAACAGAUGAAGAUAUCAAGCAACUUCUAGAAGACACAAGCACGCUAGAACCCAAAGAAGAUACCGAAGUCAAGAAGAAGAAAAAAACUAAGCGGAAAGAAGAUAAAGUUAAGAAAAAGAAGAAGAAUAGCGAAGAGCCUUUAGAACUGAACCCAGAGGAACCAAGGUCGAGCAUCAGGAGAACCCUGGAGCUGGAUCCGGCGAAGAUCAGGAUGAUCACACUCAACCCCCAGGAGCAAGUUAAGCAGAGAGAGGAAGAAAGCAAAUCUGGCUUCGUACUACCCUUCCAGUGCCAUCUUUGUUACAAAGGAUUCAACUAUGAGGCUAAACUAGAGAACCAUAUGAAAAAACACAGUCCGUCACGGGGUUCCUUCGAGUGUAAACUAUGCCAUAUGUUUCUACCGACCUCGUACAGUUUCGGCGUUCACAAUCUCAUACACACGCGUCGGUACGAAUGCUUGGAGUGCGGUCGGAUUAUGAUCGACCGACGGUCUAUACUCGACCACUAUAGGAGCCAACACGAAGGACUGACGACCACCUACAAAUGUGACUUAUGUGGGAAAGUUUCAACUAACAGCAAGACUCACAGAGGCCAUAUGAGGAACCAUCACAGCGGCGACCGACCCAAAUGCGACCAGUGUGGGAAGAGCUUCGUGAAUAAGGACGCGCUCUGCGAACACUUGCUGUAAGUUAUUCAUUACAUAGCAACAGCAAG